GUCCCGCUGCGAAAGCGGCUCAGGGGGAGGUCUUGGCUGAGCCCGAUGGAAAGCAGAGCCGAGCUGUACCUGAAUUGCCCUUCUCACCGUGUUCGUGCCGUUUACAUGCUGUUGAGUCACUGGAAAAUGUGGGAGUAAAGAGUUUGGUUUCGGCAGAUGAUGGCUCCUGUCUGGAUAAAGUUCCUAAAAUGGUAAAAAGUUUUGAUGCAGUGGUUUUUGCAGCAGAGACACCUUGUUCCCCUGAAUUACCAGCCACAGAAAAAGUGGGGCUUGAGCCCCAGGCUGUAGUGGAUGUGGGAGCCAGCCUUAACGGAGAAAUGGAUUUAAGUUCCUUGACAAAGAAGAAGAAUGUCAGCCCGGCAGCGCAACGAGCUGAGCCUGUUACAGGGAAGUUGGAAAUGAAAACUGAAGACGAGGUGGAUUUUCUGAAAGAUGGUGGUGAGAGCGCAGCCCGCGAGGAAGCGAUAAACCGUGAAAGCUGGUGUUCUCUGGAGCCAUGUCCCGAUUCUUCCCUGCUGGAACGCAAGCGGACACGGGAGUCUCCAGAAUGUGAGAAUUUCUUGGAGGAUGGGCUGAGUAGCGUCUGUGCCUCGUCACAGGGUGUCCUUAAAAGAGAGUCCGGGAGCGAGUCUGACCUCUUCCCCUUGCCUGGUGAUGGGAUGGAAGACCUUGUCUUUGGAAAGCAGCCUGAAGAGGAGCAGUCUGUAUGCGAUGUCACCAGUUCCAGUUCCUCUGCAGAUGACACCAUGUCCCUGGAGAGGAACUCAUCCCUGGGCAGCGACACGUCCCUUCCCUUCCCACCAACGGUGAACUUCGUCCAGCCCAAGGACAGGCACAGCCUGGAUGGCAGCUGCACCAACAUGAUGGCCGCAGAGGGAGGAGAGAAGGAAGAGGAGCUAGACAGUAUCACGGAUGUGCCCACUCAUUCCUCUGUCUUGCGAAACUCCAUGCGGCCGCUGUCACCAUUCCGUCGACACAGUUGGGGGCCAGGGAAGAACGCCACCAACGAAGCAGAAAUCAAUCAGAGGAGUUCAAUGCGAGUUCUGGGGGAUGGUAUAAAGAAGCCUCCCAUUCAUAGGAGAAGUUUGAGCUGGUGUCCCUCUGGUGUACAGUUCAUUGCCAUGGGUCCUGACUUUACUUGUAGAAGUUACAGCUUAGAAGGCCUUGCUGGAGACUCUGGUGAGAACAAGAAGCCCUCUACAAACUUGGAGGCUUCUUCUCUGGGCUCCAAAGACCUCAGACGGAGUCCGCUUGCCAGCAAUCAGUGCGGGUCCCUGGUCUUGCUCACAGAAGAACUCGAGCAGGGGGAAAUCAGAGACUACAAUCACCAGAUGCAUCAAACAUCGCAGCCGCAAGGAUUUAAUUUCUGUUCUUCCGCUGUUUCAUCUCCACUGACCAAAUCUAUGUCUCUAAUGUCAAUUAGUAAACCAGUGCUGGACAGUAUGCAGGUGUUCGGCGGCCCCACGGGUUCCUCGGUUCAGAGCAUAUCUGAAGAAAGCAGCAGUGUCUCUGCUGGUAAAAGUGGAACAAAAGUCAGUCGCACCUUCAGCUACCUCAGGAAUAAAAUGUCCAGCAGCAAAAAGAGCAAAGAAAAAGAGAAAGAUAAAGAGAAGACGAAAGAGAAGGACAAAGAUUCCAAGGAGAAGGAAAAAGAUAAGAAGCUGUUAAAUGGACAUCUCUUCACUGCAACCUCCGUUGUAGCCCAAGCAACCUGUUACCACUGUAUGAAACCUUUCAAUAAGGAUUCGUACUACUGUGCAAACUGCAAUGCAAUUGUUCACAAAGGCUGUAAGGAGAGUUUUGCUUCUUGUGCAAAGGUCAAAAUGAAGCCACAGAGAGGGAUGCUGCAGGCACAUGAUACCUCUUCGUUACCCACAGUAACCAUGAGAAACAAAAGCUCACAACCGAAGGAGCGCCCGCGCUCUGCAAUACUUGCUCCUGAUGAAAACACCGUAACCUCAAUAUUCAAUAACAGGAGAUCACAACAGACUACAGCACUUUCGAAAAGUGUCUCAAUACAGAACAUUGCAGGAGUUGGGAACGAUGACAGCUUAAUACACACUUGGAAAUUCCUGUCACAGUCAACAGACUCCUUACAUAAAAUCAGCCGGGUGAAUGAAUCCAUGGAGUCACUGGUUGACGAGGGUGCAGACAUGAACGAAGGACAGCUGAUGGGAGACCUGGAAUUGGAUUCCAAGCAGCUGGAGGCAGAGUCCUGGAGCCAAGUAGUGGACAGCAAGUUCCUGCAGCAGCAAAACAAAGAUGUUGUCAAACGGCAAGAUGUCAUUUACGAGCUAAUGCAGACAGAAAUGCAUCAUGUCCGCACCCUGAAGAUCAUGAACGAUGUAUACAGCGCAGGGAUGUUAAAGGAACUGCAGUAUGAUCAACAAGUCGUGGACAAGAUCUUUCCCUGCCUGGAAAACUUGCUGCACAUCCACAGUCACUUCUUCCAGCGGAUUCUGGAAAGGAAGAAGGAGUCGCUGGCAGACAAAAGUGAAAAGAACUUUGUUAUCAAGAGAAUAGGUGACAUCCUAGUGAAUCAAUUCUCCGGUGAGAGUGCUGAGCGCAUGAAGAAAACAUACGGCAAAUUUUGUGGGCAUCACAAUGAGGCAGUAAAUAACUUCAAAGAUCUGUACUCAAAGGACAAGCGGUUUCAGGCAUUUGUCAAGAAAAAAAUGAGCAGCUCCCUGGUGAGGCGUCUUGGGAUUUCUGAAUGUAUCUUGUUGGUAACACAGAGAAUCACAAAGUACCCAGUCCUUUUACAAAGGAUACUGCAGUACACCAAAGAAAAUGAAGUGGAACAUGAAGACUUGACUCAGUCAUUAAACCUCGUUAAAGAUGUGAUUGCUGCAGUCAAUAGCAAAGUCAGCAACUAUGAAAAGAAAAUGCGUCUUGGUGAGAUUUACAACCGGACAGAUAGCAAGUCCAUCAUGAGGAUGAAGAGUGGCCAGAUGUUUGCAAGAGAGGACUUGAGGCAUCGGAAGCUCAUCCGAGAUGGGCCUGUUUCACUAAAAAAUGCAGCUGGACGGUUAAAAGAAGUCCAGGCUGUUCUCCUCUCUGACAUGCUUGUAUUCCUUCAGGAGAAGGACCAGAAGUAUGUCUUUGCCUCACUGGACCAGAAAUCCACUGUGAUCUCUCUGAAGAAGUUGAUCGUACGAGAAGUGGCUCAUGAAGAGAAGGGUUUGUUCCUGAUCAGUAUGGGUGUAAAAGAUCCCGAAAUGGUGGAAGUCCAUGCUAGCUCCAAAGAAGAGCGUAACGGCUGGAUACAGAUUAUUCAAGACACAAUGAACACCAUGGAUAAAGAUGAAGACGAAGGAGUCCCUUGUGAGUCUGAGUUUGAAAAGAAAGUGUCGGAUGCGAAAGUGAGAGGACUGAAAGAACAACUUCAGCAGAAGGAUAAGCAGAUCCUCCUCUUGCUGGAGGAGAAGGCCAAGAUCUUCAGGGACAUGGCAGACAUUUCUGUGCAGGAGGACAUGCCGGGCUCCAGGCUGCUCUUCAGAGCCAACACAGAAGAGGCACCAAAAGGAGAGGCCAUUAUGAAAACUGCAAUAAAUGAAGUUGAACUGCUUCAAGACCUGGUGAACAGGAGCCUGGGCACUGCCCUCGGACAGCAGGUCAGCAGUACUGCCAUGGAACAAGAAGGAGGAGUUGGCCCCAUCUCUCUCCCUAGGAGGGCAGAAACUUUUGGAGGAUUUGACAGUCAUCAGAUGAAUGCCUCCAAGUGUGGAGCGAAAGACGAAGGUGACGAUGCUCAGGACCUUCGGAGAACAGAGUCGGACAGCAUUUUAAAGAAGGGUGGAAAUGCUAAUCUGAUGUUCAUGUUGAAAAGGAAUAACGAGCAGGUCCUCCAAACCAUUACCAGCCUCCAUAAGCUGCUCAGUGCUUUGCAGGGCGUCGUGCUGCAGCAGGACACCUACAUCGAGGACCAGAAGCUGGCUCUGAGUGAGAGGGCUCUGACCCGAAGCUUCUUCCGGCCGACCUCACUGCUGGAGCAGGAGAAACAGCGCAACCUGGAGAAGCAGCGCCAGGAGUUGGCCAACCUGAAGAAGCAGCAGACACAGCACCAGGAGGAGAGGAGGAGGAGAGAGAAGGAGUGGGAAGUCCGAGAGAAGGAGCUGGCAGAGCAGGAGGCCCACCUGGCCCAGCGAGAAGAGCAGGUCCAGAGAGGGUGGCAGGAUCUUGAGCGGGAGCGAGAGGAGCUACAGGUGAAGAAGGCCUCGUACCAGCUUGACCUGGAGAGACUUCGCACGGCGCAGAAGCAGCUGGAGAGGGAGAAGGCGCAGUUCAAGCAAGACGUGGAGCGAUUAGCUCAAAUGCGGCAAGAGCCUGACCACAACCAGGUUUCAAAUCUACAUGAGAAACUUGCAAGAGUCCCCUCCCAGUCCAGCAUCGAUGACUCCUCCAAGCAGAAGAGCCCUUCCCUUCCUAAACAAGGGCACUUUGAUGCAGAACUGUCUGUCUCCCCCAAAAGGAACAGUCUUUCAAGGACACACAAAGAGAAAAGCACUUUCCAUUUGCUUAGCACAACAAACCAGACUAACAAGGCGGCUGAGGAACAGCCCCAGAUGCCUACCCGACUCUUCAGUUUAGCCAAACCAAAGGAGAAGAAGGAAAAGAAGAAAAAGGGCAGGGGACAUCGCUCCCAACAGUCUGAUUCUCACUCAUCAGAAGCACCUCCAGAGGGUGAGGAGAUCUUCUGCUGAGCACAGACGGUUCCAUCGGUCACUCUUGGCAUUGGUACAGCGGACAUCUCCCUGCCCGCUCCACAGCACGCUGUUGGUGCCUGCAUCUGACAAGCAUCUGGAGGUUUUAAAUAAAACAUGUCAUGAAGUCUGUUAAGUGGUGGGAAAGGGCCUCUCUCCUGUGGUUUUGCGUGAAUUCACACCACAGAGGCUGACUGCACGGCAAAUAGUACCAUCCCUCUGUGCAACCCUUGGGUUAAAUGGAUCGGGAUAGAUGUUUUCGGUCUCUCCUUACUGCUAAAGGAUGAGAGAACAUAGCCUUAAGGGGUCUGUGCCUUCAAAUUCCCCUUUUCUGGGGAACGUAACCAAAACCAAGCAUUUAGCAAAAGAUUAGGACUCAACAAAUGGUGCGUACACACUGGCAUAUAUAGAUAUACUGUAUAUAUACAUAUAUGUAUCUAUGUAUCCACUGGGAUAUGCUUACAGUCUGUACAGCCAAGCUUAGCUCGGCCCAUGGGGAUAGAUGAUACCUGAUGACUUUCAGGGAGCGUGUAGAUAUUAAAUAUCUUGCCCUUACUGCUCCGAUUGUAACACCGUUGACUUGCACGCCCCUUUUGUGCUCAUGGUAUAUGGACUGUUUGGUUUCAGAAAGGUACCUUACACCAGGAAGCAGUAACAGCAUUCAAAACAAAGAUUCAGAGGAAAAAAAUAAAAUUUAAAGCAAUUCCGAAAGAUUUCCAUGGGGCAGAGGAUUUAAAUGUCAAACUGUUUCCAGAAUCAAGCAGAACAUCUUUGGGUAUAUUUAAAAUGAUGCAGAAAAGAGAAAUUCGGUAGACUUGUAAGGCAACCCCAGGGAGCCAGAACAAACAGCGUUCAAGUGGGAACAACUCUAAGCAACAUUUUGUUACACAAUCUCUGAGCUCCAGCUCACUCCUUCCCAUCCCCUAAGUAAAGAUUUUUUUUUUUUGCCAGAAUAUAGUUCUCCAGUUGCAUUUGACAUCCCUUCAUUACAAGCCUGAUGAUUUACUGGAGAGAUGGCUGAAAAUCUGCUUUUAGGGACCUUUGUUCUGUUAUUUGUAUUUUUCUUCCCCUACUUUUUGUGUUAAUGUUGGGCUUCUGUUUCUCUGGAUUUUGUCAGCUUCCCUUGCUCCUUUCUAAGGCAGAAUGAGACAACAGCAAUUUCAGAGCACUUCAGCGAGAUGCCGCAGGUCAGGGGACUGAGCGCUGUGAGCAGAGCGAACUCCAAAGAGGCGGCUCCUAGUUCCUAUGCCUAUACAGUACCGUGCACUUAUUAACCGUUUCUGGGGAGAUGAUAACGCUCUCGUGGACAGAAACGCUGUGGGACAGGUCCAAAGGUCCAGCGUGGCAGGUCCGUUUCCAUCGCCGUGGGCUCUAGGGUGAAAGUGUCCGUGUGACCCCGUGUUGCCAUCGGCAGAAGGGGAAGGUCUGAGGGUGGCUCUCGCUAUGCCGACUGUGAGGUGUUUGUAGACCUGUUGAAUACAGGGAUGUGUUCAGCGGGGGAAAAGAAAUGCAGCAAGCCAAACUUUUUUCCAAAAUUAUUGUUCUUCCAAACCCUCCCAGGGGAAUUGCCCGAGCGGAUUUGUAAAUGGUUACGAGACACUAUCAGCUUCAAAAUAGCUCAAGGGUUUGCUCAGAGUUUGAAGCUGUCAGGUGCAUUUCCUUUCCUACCAGUUUUUCUUAAAAAAAAAAACAAAAACAAAAACAAAAUAUUUUUCUUCUUGCACUAUUGUUUGAUUUCAGUUUGCUCUCUGGCUUCUCACAAGCUAGUAGCCCGCAGCAGUUUUCAGAGUUCGGUGCUGAUGAGUAUCAGCAGCAUUGAUGGUGAGGUGGAUGCUUAGACUGGGCUGUCUUGGUCAGUGCAGGAAUCCUAAACCGCCUGCUUGCUUUUGAAGCUCUCUAAUUUAU